UAGUGCGCGGGACAGAGUUUUAUACUCAUGUAAAUUUAGUUGAGUUUAAAAAAAACUGUGAGAUUUACAUAUAGGCUUGUUCGCUUUUAACAAUAUCUUUAGAGCCGGCGCGUGUACGUAGAGCGCCAGAAUAAGUCGCUUUUGGUAACUGAAAAAUGCAGUCUCAUAGCAAAAAGCGCGUUUGUUACUAUUACGACAGCGACAUUGGCAACUACUACUAUGGCCAGGGCCAUCCUAUGAAGCCGCACCGCAUACGCAUGACGCACAAUCUCCUGCUCAACUAUGGGCUCUAUCGCAAAAUGGAAAUUUACCGCCCGCACAAAGCCACUGCCGAUGAGAUGACCAAGUUCCAUUCCGACGAGUACGUGCGAUUUCUGCGGUCUAUUAGGCCAGACAACAUGACCGAAUACAACAAACAGAUGCAGCGCUUCAACGUGGGAGAAGAUUGUCCAGUCUUUGAUGGUCUGUACGAGUUCUGUCAGCUUUCUGCAGGUGGCUCCGUCGCUGCCGCUGUCAAGCUGAACAAACAGGCCUCCGAAAUCUGCAUCAACUGGGGCGGUGGCUUGCAUCAUGCCAAGAAAUCGGAGGCCUCUGGAUUCUGCUAUGUGAAUGACAUUGUAUUAGGCAUUCUGGAAUUGCUGAAAUACCACCAGCGGGUGCUGUACAUCGACAUUGACGUGCAUCAUGGCGAUGGUGUCGAGGAGGCGUUUUACACAACAGAUCGUGUUAUGACCGUCAGCUUCCACAAAUACGGCGAGUACUUCCCAGGCACCGGCGACCUACGUGACAUUGGCGCCGGCAAGGGCAAGUAUUAUGCCGUCAAUAUACCAUUGCGUGAUGGCAUGGAUGACGAGGCAUACGAAAGCAUAUUCGUGCCUAUCAUAUCUAAGGUCAUGGAGACAUUCCAGCCGGCGGCUGUGGUGCUGCAAUGUGGCGCCGACUCGUUGACCGGUGAUCGCCUGGGUUGCUUUAAUCUUACGGUUCGUGGGCAUGGCAAGUGUGUGGAGUUCGUCAAAAAGUAUAAUCUACCCUUCCUAAUGGUUGGCGGUGGUGGAUACACUAUACGAAAUGUGUCCCGUUGCUGGACGUACGAGACGUCGGUAGCGCUGGCCGUGGAGAUUGCCAACGAGCUGCCCUACAACGAUUACUUCGAGUAUUUCGGACCCGAUUUUAAGUUGCACAUCAGUCCGAGUAAUAUGACAAAUCAGAAUACCUCCGAAUAUCUGGAGAAGAUCAAGAACAGACUUUUCGAGAAUUUACGCAUGCUGCCACACGCGCCUGGCGUACAAAUCCAGGCAAUUCCCGAGGACGCCAUCAAUGAUGAGUCUGAUGAGGAGGACAAGGUGGACAAGGAUGAGCGCUUACCGCAAAGCGACAAAGACAAACGCAUUGUACCCGAAAACGAAUACUCCGAUUCAGAGGAUGAGGGUGAGGGCGGUCGUCGCGAUAAUCGCAGCUAUAAGGGUCAACGCAAACGGCCGCGUCUAGACAAAGACUCGUCCAAUGCCAACUCAAGCAAUAAAACGUCCUCAGAAACCUCCAGCGAGAUAAAAGAUGAGAAAGAGAAAGCUGAGCCCGUCGAUGGUGAAGAAACGCCGGCAGCCAAUAAUAACAGCAACAACAGCAACAAUGCCAAUAGCAAAAGCGACAAUGAUGCCGGUACCGCAGCCGCCUCCACCAAGGGCGCCAAGGAGAACAACAUAUGACGUGGUGGCCGUAAUUGGUUAUAGAAGCCAAUUAAACGUCCACCCAAGUACAAGCCGCCAGAUUUUACUUAGCACACGCUCGAGGCGCCGAUAUCCUAAAACCAAAAGCAUGUUCAUCCUAAACAAUAGCACCGUCUCAGGUCUCAAGGCUCCUCUCAAUUUUAGUUUGGGGUAAGGGCUUCUCAUUGUUCGGCGCCUGCUACAUUCUGGCAACAUACAGAAAACAGCAGACUACUGCAACUUCACAGAGUUUGUGUCUAUCAUUCAGCUAAAUUUUAAAAUCCGAAUUAUGUUAGUGCAUGUAAACCUAAAUACAAUUUAUUGUAAGCCAAGACUAGACGUCGGACGGCCAGCAGUCGUCCGGUCACUUCAGUACAGUGUAGACCCAUUUCGUAUAAGAAAAUUAAAGUUACUAUAGGCGAUUCACCGUGCGUGGUCGAAUAUAAUUUAACCAAUAAAAUAUUGUCGCGUAUUUAAGCGUAA